UUCUUCUCUUCGUAUUUGACUCUUCCCUCUUCACAACACAAACACUAUAAAAUGCACCACACUCCCAUCUUCUUCUUCAUCACUCACCAAAAUCAUUACUUACAACACUUCAACACAAACCACCACCGCAACCGUGUCUCUCUGUAGUUACAGUGAUCUUGCUUUUUCAGAGAAUAACAUAUAAUGGGUCUCAAGGGAUUCUUGGAAGGUGGUGUUGCUUCCAUCGUUGCCGGAACCACCACUCACCCACUCGACCUCAUCAAGGUUCGCAUGCAGCUUCAGGGUGAGAAUCUCCCGGCACACAAUCUCCGGCCAGCUUUCGCCUUCCACUCACAUUCAGCCACCCUUCCUCCUCCUCCUCCGUCAGGACCCAUCUCCGUCGGCGUCCGAAUCAUCAGAACGGAAGGCGCCGCCGCUCUCUUCUCCGGCGUCUCCGCCACCGUGCUCCGGCAGACUCUCUACUCCACCACCCGCAUGGGUCUCUACGACGUCCUCAAGCAGAAAUGGAGCGACCCGGAGCGCGGCACCAUGCCGCUCACAAGCAAGAUCACGGCGGGACUUAUCGCCGGAGGGAUCGGCGCCGCCGUGGGGAACCCCGCGGAUGUUGCGAUGGUGCGUAUGCAGGCUGAUGGGAGACUCCCGGCGGCUCAGCGGCGGAAUUAUAAGGGAGUUUUCGACGCGAUCCGGCGGAUGGCGGGGGAAGAGGGGAUUGGUUCCCUGUGGCGCGGGUCAGGGCUUACGGUGAACCGCGCGAUGAUCGUGACGGCUUCUCAGCUGGCGUCGUACGACCAGUUCAAGGAGACACUUGUUGGGAAAGGGUGGAUGAACGAUGGUAUUGGGACCCACGUGGCGGCGAGCUUUGCGGCGGGGUUUGUGGCGGCGGUGGCGUCGAACCCGGUGGAUGUGAUCAAAACUAGGGUUAUGAACAUGAAGGUGGAGGCUGGGGAGGCCCCACCCUACAAUGGGGCAUUGGAUUGUGCACUCAAGACUGUCAAGGCUGAAGGACCAUUGGCACUUUACAAGGGUUUCAUCCCUACAAUUUCAAGGCAGGGUCCCUUCACUGUUGUUCUGUUUGUCACUCUUGAACAAGUUAGAAAGCUCCUCAAGGAGUUUUAAAUUUUGAUAAUUUGAUUAAUUACUUCAUUCUUAUUCAGAUGAUGAUGAUACAUAUUACUAGCUAGUUCUCUUUAGGGAUUAUUUGUUACUAUGUUCCAAGAUUUUGAUAGUGUUCACAAUAUUAUUACAUUGAAUUAGUGAAUAUAGUUUACUAUGUUCUCAAA